UGAAGUUUAAUGUCAUUGUGGUUAACUCUUGAUACAUUGCUUUCAAGAAAUACUUCCAGAAAAAACUUACUCUUAUUAGAUUUUAUUCAUUGCAUAUUAGAUAUAUUGAACAUUGGCAAAUGAAAAAUUAUAGGAUCAAGAUGAAUAUCCCACCGAUUCAACAGCCAGGUGGUAUGGGUGUGGGACAAAUGGGACAGCCGGUAAAUCCUCAGUUGCCCCAGAAUCAACAACAGGCGCAACAAACGCAACAGCAACAAGUUCAGCAGCAACAGCAACAACAGCAGCAGCAACAACAGCAACAACAAACACAGGACAAACUUGAUAAUAUCUCCAAAGUAAAAUCUCUGGUUGGACCUUUGAGGGAAUCAUUAGCCAUAGCUCUUAAAACUGCGGCGCAGACGUUGCAUCAAAAUAGCUUAGUCGAUGUAGGAACCAUGAAGGGUAUAGAGCAGCCAGAUCAUCGAUUUAACAAGAAUAUGGAAGAAUUCUAUUCCAUUUGUGACCAGAUAGAGCUGCAUCUGAAGACCUCCGUGGAAUGUCUGUCCCAGCAUUCCAGUUCGGUUCGAUACCUACCAAUGUCCGUUAUAACAACUCGCACCGACACGGUGAGCACGCAGGAGGGACCAGCGUUGUCUUAUCCACAAUUUCUAAUGACAGUACGCGCGCAAGUGGCAUAUGCUCGCGAGAUACAUGACACUCUUAUGUCUCAUGCUCGUGUGAUAUCAUCCGGCGAACAAUCUCGCAGCAUCUCCGACGUCUGCUACGGCGACGACGGUAAUAACCCACGGCAGCAAUCGCUCUCGCAGGGCAUGCCCGCCGGCGGCAUGCCCGGCGACUGCGUCCCCGACAAUCUCGACGAGUCCUUCACCAGUCUAGGCCAGCCGAAGAAGUCACCCCCCUCGAACGGCAAGAAGACUAAGGGCCGGGUGAAAAUUAAGAUGGAGUACAUCGACAAUAAACUACGGAGAUACACCACGUUCUCCAAGAGGAAGACUGGCAUUAUGAAGAAGGCGUACGAGCUGUCGACGCUGACCGGUACGCAAGUGAUGUUACUGGUGGCGAGCGAGACCGGGCACGUGUACACGUUCGCGACGCGCAAACUGCAACCAAUGAUCACGAGCGAUGCCGGGAAGGCGCUGAUCCAGACGUGUCUGAACAGUCCGGAUCCACCGCCGUCGGGUUCGUCGGGCGACCAGAGGAUGUCGGCGACCGGGUUCGAGGAGACCGAGCUGACGUACAACAUCGCCGACGACGAGCAGAAAGAGGAAGGCGCGUCGCCCAGAUCCGACAUCUGCGCCAACGAGAGCGACGGCGAGAGCAGCGACGGUGACUCUCCCGUCGUCCCUAAGGAUCCUCUCAAGAUUACCAAUCACUCGGGAAAUGUGCCUUCGUUCUCUGCAGGGAUUAUGUACCAGGUGCCUCAGAGUGUCAUUUAUUCGCCCAGUCCAGGGGUCUUGCUCGGCAUAGGACAAAACGGGCAACCGGUGCAAAUAUCUCAGGACGGAGGUACAGUAGCACCGGUGGCGAACUCAUCGCAAUCGAACCAGCCGUUCAUCACAAUACCGCUGAACGUCGCGAUGAGCGCAGGAUUGUCCUUGCCGGUGACCUCCAGGAUGUCCUCCAGGUCACCCACGACGACGACUUCGACGACAACGGCGGUAGCGGCGAUGUCCGGCUGCAGCGACUUGCCUUCCGACCUGAGCAAAGAUCGGGAAUGACGCAGGAGUUUUCCGACGAACGGAGUCUCCGACGACGACGAAAGUAGCAGUUAAGCCUCUGCUUUCUCGCUCGCAACGGACGGAAAUUCGUCGUGCGAACUUGUCAGGCGAAUCGCGGAAACGAAUUUUCAUGCCCGCGCGGAUAUCACCGGUCUUGUGAUACUUCCACGUCCGGGAUAACAUCGGGGCGAGCGAUCCAGGUUUUCAAACGGAUUACGAGCGACUAUGACCCCAUCGCCAUGUGGGAUUCUUCGCCUCCCUUCGUGCUCUCGUUCUCGGGGACGGAUGUUUGCAUACUUUUGUACGAGAGAAACUAGGAGAACAGGAUUUGCUAGUAUGAUCACGCACUUUUCGGUUAAUAGGGAAUAUCAACAUGAAUAUGAAAUUAAAUUAAUAAUAGGGCAAGAGCGGAGUUUCUAAAGAUGGGAAGAAUAACGAAUUUAUCCUAGAAAAAUAUACAUUUGCAGAAUACGCUGAUUGUAGAUCGCUGAUCACAGAUUUUAUCUCGAAGUAUAAACUCGUGAUAAACUCGUUGCGUGAUAAACUCGUCAAUUGUAACUAUUCGAUAUAUCUCUAAACGUUAAUACUACUUCGAAACGUUUGCAUGUAAGUCAUAGAAAACAAAAAACGGCCGAGACUUUAUCUUUUCUUAUUAUUUUAGAUCUUAUUAUAUUUUCA